AUGAUGAAACAAUGGUUCAAGUCAAAGGUGAGCGAAAUUGGAGAAAAAGCCGUUGAUUCUGUGGUUAACAUCAUCCUCUCCAGAAAUGAAUCGUCAAUCUCACAGUUCCAACAGACGCCUCUGAUGAACGCCAUCACCAAAAGCGUGAACUCCAAGGUCCAAGUCAAACAGCCAAACGUAUUGCAAUGCGAACGUGGAGAAAGCCUGUCCAUUUGUAAAGUACAGGUUCUGGUAUCGGAGGCCAUAUUUCUCCUCCUACCAGACGCCACAAUCACACACAAGUACUAUGCAAACAGCCCUCAUGACGCGACUCCACUCAGCGUUCAGUCAAACCUGCGCUUCUCGAAACCAGUCGUCGACGAUCGCAGGGGCAGACUACACUUUGCAACCGUGGGAUCGGUCAAGGCGAACCUGUGUACAUAUAGGAUAUCAAUCGACCACAAUGGCAAGAGUUUCGUGUCAAACAGCAUUGGUAUGGAGGAGGAUAGUAUGAAUAGGGUUAUCUGGGAUUACUCUAUAGAAGACGAUUUACACGAUAUUUGGAGCGAUAUAGUAAUCACACUGACGUCGGAACUGGAUACAAACAAGUACAUGACGGAAAGAAUAGCAGAUGUCUCUCCAAAAUCACAAUUCAAGAGUUUUCAACCGAGGAAAAUGUCCAAUUCGCAGUUUCCAUCCCUCUAUUUAUCACGAAAUAUAGGCGAUGAAUCGGCGAAGGAAGCAUCUGAUUCUCCAGUGGAUCACGAUAUUAACCCAGAUUUCAUUGACGAUCCCCCAGAGGUAGACAAGUAUAAUUUAAAAUGUAGUAAAAAGAUUGGAAGAGCCAUAAUAUCCAUACCGCUCAUUCUUUCGUCAUUUCCCACGGAGAAUCGCUCAAAUAUAGUCUCUGAUGUAAAAUAUUUCAAGCGCUACGUCACCUCUCAAAUUGGUGAAUCUGCGGAAAAGGUUGAGGUGUUGCCCGCAGAAAAUGGUGGAUACGUAACAAGGUGUACAUUUUGGCUGCAAUUGUUGCCACUCAAUGAACAUAAAUGGGAUGAAUUUAAAUUUGUACGUCCUUAUUCAGGCUGUCCCACUUAUGGGAUGCGAAAUCCCUCAAACUCUAUCGGAUACAUUUUGGUCACUGUAAACUUGCACUGGAAUUCAAACCCUGUCCAGCUUUCAUUGCUCAAUAAUAUAGUUGCUCCAAACCACAAGUGGGUCGUCCCGCACGACCUGGAAGUGUUUCACAUUUCUGCAAUCGCAGAUCGCUUCAGGCUCUUUUUCACCAGGAAACCUAAAUGGGUAGACAAGCUGCUCAUGCCGGACUCGGAACCAGAUUCGCAUUCCUACUUGGACAUUUUUUUCAUUGUCGCAUUUUGGCUUUUGCUUUUUAAUCUUGUCGUAAUUGCUCCGCUCACAAAAUUACCACUUGGAGCAUACUUGUUGACUCUUGUCACCUCCUUGUACUACAAAUUCAGCCCUGAAGUAAGCUAUCCAAAAUACAAGGGUUCAUGUCUAGUCGGUGGACAUGUAUUAUCGCUGGAAGAAAGUAUAGUCUUCAACACGGGCACCGAUGCUAAACGGGAUGUACGUCCUCUUAGCGAUAUAAGAGGAGAAAAGGGUGAUGCAGAAAAUAAACAAGCAAAGCAUCCGGCUCAGGAAGCAGUGGGUAAUGAGUCUUCACCAGAAAACAUGCCUAGUUUUGGUGCAAAUGAUGAACAAGGUCAGAAUGAAACAGAUGUUACCGGAGGCGAGUUGGAGCAGCUGGAUGCCAGUGUUACUCUAUCCAAAAUGGAAACAAAUAAUCUCAAGCAAGGUAACAGGGUUGAAGAUUCAAUAGUAAAGGAUCCAUUCGGGUCCACACAUUUAAAUCUAACCAGAGGUUAUGCGAGGCAACCGAUUUUUUCAGACGAUAUGGAUGAUGUAAACAUGUCAGAGGUUGUAAAGAGGGCAUGCAAUGCUGCGCGUAUAGUACAAAUUAUUCUGGGAUAUACAAUAAUGUUUGCUGAAAAGCUACGCUUCUCCCUAACUUGGAAUUACCCAGCGUCGUCAUUUCUCACAUUCUUUAUCCUAUCCGUCGGACUGCUUCCCAUUACUGUGCUAUUCUAUGUGAUAUCACUCGUUCCUCUUUGGAUGUGGAGAGCCUUGACAUUCAUGACAAUCAUGCUAUUGUGUCUGCAUCAGCACAUUUUUGUGGUUUUUGAGGGCAUAUACAGCAUUGCGGAACCGCUGGUCGACCUUGGCAAAAACUCAAAAGUGGCCAAGUUAGGCUAUUCUCAGCACACACUCGACUUUGGAAUCAAGGCAACCACCGAUAUUGUCUCAAGAUAUUGUAUCAACUGGUUCAACAGGAUGCCAGGACAACUAGAAGUCGAUCACAGAGACAUUGCUGCACUGCAAUCAAGCGGGUCACUCUGCAGUCUACUACCCAGCAACUACACAAUACACUGGGACUUUUACAAAAAAAACCUCAAACACAGCUUCGACAUACUGGAAUCCAAUCAACCAGACCCCAAGGCUUACGCAAAAGCAAAGUCGCACAUUGAACGAGCCAUACUAGAAGACUACCUCCUGCACUCCAACUGA